UUUAGAGAGAGGAGUGUGUUUACUAAAUGCUGUUAUUAAUUUAUUAAAUUUAAACGUUAAUUAAAUCAAAUGUGUUUAUACUUAUGAUUAUUAAACUUAAGUCCCUAUUCAGUAAGGAAACUAUAAGUCAUUUCGUUUUACGAAAAUGGCAUUGCUGAAUGUCGUAAUGUGAAGAAUUAAUGUUAUCAUAACGAUUGUUACUAUAACAAUAAUGUAUUUUGCCUUGAUUUUUCAGCCUUGAUAAAACAAUAAUAUCCAGGAAACAUUACAACACUUUAAAUGUGUAGAUAUUUCUCAAUAAUUGAGUUAGGUUUUCACCAAACUUUCAUUUAACUACAAAUUAUGCAUGAAAAAUGUUCAGAAUGUUAAUUAAGUCUUCGUUUCUUUCGAAAUUAAUACAAUCGAAAAGAUAUUUAUGUACUGUAAAACAGUUGAAAGUGUGCAUCGUUGGAAGUGGACCUGCGGGAUUCUACACUGCUCAACAAAUUUUAAAGUUUUUUUUCCAGAGAAUGGAUUAGACGCGUGACUGGUCGAAUGGUUGUCUAAAUCCCAAAAUUUUGCACUUCUAGAAUUUCUUUGCCUCGGUGAUAAUCCGAAGUGGUUUUGUAGCCAGGAUCAUUGGAGCGAGCCAAAAAAUUUGCGAAAAUAAACCCGGUAUUCGUGGGACUGCCUACGUGAACACAGUCAAAUUUAUCGUUUUAAUUUUUUUCACUUCUCUGAACUUAGUGAUUAUUAUUAUUAAUAAUCUGUACUACAUUUACUUUAUCGAGUAAUGCAAAGGAAGAGAAUUGGAUGCACAAUAAGAAAUUAAGACAAACGUGAUGUAAACGUGAAAGUAUAAGCAGGAUCAUUGUGUGUUUUAGGGGGGCUUGGUCGCCUCAUAGCCUCUUAUAUCUACAUGCUGAUCUAAAAGGUGUUCUUUACAAUACAUGUCCACCUACCGUUGAUAGUCUUAAAGAACAAAUUUAGGCUGCUGUUGAUAAGUCACAUCUGAUACUUUCAAAUGUGGAAUGUAGUUUGCAGUAUUACAUUACUCUGUACGUGCAAAAAGAAGCACCCUUUGGCAGUAGUUGAUUUAUAUGAAAAAUUACCAGUUCCUUUUGGUUUAGUUAGAUUUGGAGUAGCUCCUGACCAUCCAGAAGUUAAGAAUGUUAUAAACACCUUUACGAAAACUGCAGCGAAUGAACGUUUCAGUUUCUUUGGAAAUGUGAAUGUGGGAAAAGACAUAACAUUAAGUGACCUGAGAAGUGCAUAUCAUGCUGUGAUAAUGUGUUACGGAGCCGAAAAAGACCUGCAUCUCGGCAUACCAGGAGAAAAUACUCCUAAUGUUAUAGCUGCUCGGAAAUUCGUCGGUUGGUAUAAUGGUCUGCCAGACGAGUCAAACCUUUCGGUUGACUUAAACUGCGACACCGCCAUCGUUAUCGGACAGGGAAAUGUUGCACUGGACGUUGCACGAAUACUUUUAAUGCCAGUAGAGUUGCUAAAAAAGACUGAUAUCACACAGAAUGCUCUCAAUGCUCUUAGCAAAAGUAAAAUCAAGAGAGUAGUUUUAGUAGGAAGAAGAGGACCUCUCCAAGUAGCUUUCACCAUCAAAGAACUUCGGGAAAUGACGAAAUUGCCCGGAUGUUGUGCCCUAUUGGAAGAAAAUGAUUUCCGAUCUCUAAAAGAUAUGAUUCCAACAUUGCCCCGACCUCGUCAAAGACUGACGGAGCUCAUGGUUAAAACAUGCGAAAAUUCAAAAUCUGUGGACGUUCGGUUGGAAAUGAAACAGUGGGAACUGAAAUUCCUGAGAACUCCUCUAGAGAUAAUUCCAUCUGACAAUGGAAACGGUGUAAAAAGCAUAGUUUUUGGUAUUAAUAAAUUAGAGGGUUCCUAUGAUAAGCCAAAAAUUAUUUUGACAGAAGAGAAAGAGACAAUAGAUUGUGGCUUGAUAUUGAGAAGUAUCGGCUAUAGGAGUCUUUCAAUAGAUCCAGAGUUGCCAUUUGACAAAGAAAAAGGAAUCAUUCCAAACAUUAAUGGAAGAGUUGUGGGAACUAAUGAUCUUUAUUGUAGCGGAUGGGUGAGAACGGGUCCUAAAGGCGUCAUUCUUCACACCAUGACGGACAGUUUUCAGACUGGGAAGGCAGUGACGGAAGAUUUCGAAAGCGGCAGACUGUCCCCGGAAACCAAGUUGGGACGCAACCAUGUGUUGAAUUUGCUUCGUAACAAAGGCAUAACUCCCGUGACGUUCAAUGACUGGGAAAAGAUCGAUUUCGUCGAACAGGAAGCCGGCAGAAUGUGUAAUAAACCCCGAGAAAAACUGUUGAGUACGCAUGAAAUGCUGUCAGUGGCCCAACAGAAAAGCUGAAUAUAAAAUGAAUAGUUUGUAAUUUUUUUUAUACAUAUUU